AUGUCAUUUCGUAAAAGAGGUGAAGUGCUGAAUGAUAGGGGUAACGGGCUAAGAGGUCCACUGCUAAGAGGUCCUCCGCGCACUUCCUCAAUGCCCUUGAGGGCACCCAACAGAAGAGUCCCUGGAAACGUGUCCUUGUCUGACACUACAGCAAAAUUAACGAAGUUGAAUUUCGUGGAUGAGCCCAAGACAAUAAUUGGGUUGGACAGUACCCAUGUGGGCAUUAGACCCUCUCCUGCAACUUCUCAACCUACCACUUCAACGGGAAGUGCUGACUUGGACAGUAUACUAGGUCAUAUGGGGCUACCACUGGGAAACUCCCUAUUGGUGGAGGAGCAGGGCACAACGGAAUUUCAUUCCAUCCUUGGUAAACUGUUUGCCGCACAGGGUAUUGUUCAUAACAGAAUUUCAGACAGCAGCGCUGAUAAAACUAGAAAUGGUGACACUCAUGUCAUUGUUUUGUCAUUGAACCAAAUGUUUGCAAAGGAAUUACCAGGUAUCUACAAGGGAUCACGUAAACAGAUGAAGAAAAAUUUAAUUUCUGAAGAGGAAUCGAAAGUUACCGUCCAAAAUUUAAAUCAAACCCAAGGAUCGACGCCUUCUAGGUAUAAAGACUUGAAAAUUGCAUGGAAAUAUAAGCUGGCCGACGAAAAGAGAUUGGGUUCUCCGGACCGGGACGACAUCCAACAAAAUCCUGAAUACAAGGACUACAACCAUCAGUUUGAAAUUACAACGCGCCUGAUGCCUGCCCCCAUAGCAUCUGAACUAACAUUUAUCGCUCCAACUCAGCCUAUCUCCACUAUUCUGAGCCAAAUGGAACAGAUUAUUAAAAGGAAUGACAAGAAACUGAUAAGAAUUGUUAUCCCCUCCCUGCUACAUCCGGCAAUGUAUCCACCUAAAAUGUUUGAAUCGUCCGAAAUAAUUGGCCUAUUGCAUGGUGUGAGAAGUCUUGUUAAGAAAUACUAUGAGAGGGUUGUCCUGUUUGCUUCGAUAUCCAUAGACAUUAUCACACCUUCAUUACUGAUACUGUUGAGAAACAUGUUCGACUCUGUCAUCGAUUUAGAACCCUUCAAUCAGGAGAUGUCCCAGUUCUUAGAACGCGUCUAUAAGUCACAGCCGGGAAAGAUUCAACAUGGGCUAGUCCACAUAUUGAAAUUGCCGGUUUUUACGGAUCGUGGAGAAAUGAGAGUUCUAAAGUCUGAAUGGGCGUUUAGAAACGGCAGGAAGAAGUUUGAGAUAGAACAAUGGGGAAUACCCGUGGAUGAUGCGGAAGGUUCAGCCGCCUCGGAACAAUCACAUUCGCAGUCGCAUUCAGAUAAUUCAAAUGAAAUUUCCCAUAAUGUACCUGCAAAGAAGACCAAGAUUUCGUUAGAUUAUUAA